ACUGCCGCUCUCUGGAGGCGGUGUCAGGUGAGGGCGCGCGCUCUGUCUCGCUCCGCAGCUGAAGUGGAUGAGCGGCUCCUGUGAAGGAUGGCGGAGAUCUGAUUUAAUCAGUUCUGGUGAAAACAGUGGAGCAGACGAGUCGCGCUCAAUUCCCCGAAGACAACAAUUUCUCCAAGUGAAAGCAGAGGGCAUCGGCCUCACUCUCAGGCCGCCAGCAUGAUGAAAGGCUGCCUGCAGUUCCUUAUCGAGCCGGCCAAGAAGCUCAAGCUCAGGCUCAAGGAGUCCCGUAAGAGAGUGAAGCAGGACAAGAAGGAGCCCCUGGUGGAAAGUCAGUUAUUUAUUAUGGAGCUGGGUCGAGAACUGAACAGAAUCUGUCAGAGAUCAAACGUCCUCAGCCACAUCUGGACAGGUGAGGACAUCUGGCCUGCUAUUGUUUGCAGAGACUUCAUUGUUGACUGGGCUGCCGUGCUGGAAAAAAGAGUGCAGCACAAGAUCAUGCCAUCUGAGUACCAGUAUGAGAAGGUGGAAAAGAAGGACUGGAAGGGCCACCUCCUCUGCAUGCUGGAGUCAGAGGGCGAGUACGACAUGGGCCCGCACAAAAGGAUCAUCCUGGACUGGACACGGGAGAUUAAAAGCAGGGCUCAGCCUCCAGUCUGGCCAGGCGAGCCUGUGCUCAUGAUGCUGGACGACCUGGAGUUCCAGUGGAAGAGAGGCCGCCUGCCCAACUUGCUCCCAGCCAUGGAGCUCAUCAUGCUGACUGUGCUGAAUGCUGACAGCCCAAAAAAGGAGGAUGUGACCAAGCAGUGGCUGGCGAAAAAGCAGAGGAGCCAGAGGAUUGAUGCAGUCCGUUACAUCCCACAUGGCGUUUGGAAUUGGAUUUGCGAUGCAUCAGAGGAUGUCACCCUGGACUCAGAUUCUGCUAACCCUAACCUGCUCAUCUCUAGUGAUGAGAAACGCAUGAGAUGUGGUCUGGAGCGCCGUAUUGUCCCUCCUUGUCAGGGGCGCUUUGAUGGCUGGUGGUGUGCUGUAGGCAAGGAGGCAUACAACUCCGGACGUCACUACUGGGAGGUGGAGGUGGGUGAGAGGGAUUGGCGUCUGGGUGUGGCCAAAGCAUCCGCAGUGAGGCAGGGUUUCUGCUCCCUGAACACAGACACGGGAUACCUGACCAUCCGGCUGGAGAGAGGCACGGAUCUGAAAGCCCUGACUGUGCCAGCCACCCUCUUACCUCAAAAUCUGGUGCCCAAAAAAGUCGGGGUGUAUCUGGACUAUGAGCUGGGCCAGCUGUCCUUCUAUGAUGUCGAGAAGCGUUCGCACCUGUACACCUAUAAUGAAAAUUUCACAGAGCAACUGUACCCACUGUUUGGGAGUGUGGAGGUGGUCAAAGACCUGGUGAUCCGGCCAGCAGGCGUCCGACAGCCGUGCCUCUGUCCGGGGCCGUGCCUGUGGACCUGAAUUGCUCAGCACAAAUCAUUCUCUUUAAACCUGAUUCUCAGCAGCCCACUGAGUCUGUGCUGGUGUAUUGGUCAGUUUGAACUAAGGGUGAGACUCUUGCUGUGAGGUGCCUUGUGAGAUCAGGAUCAAGAACUGCCAUUCAUCCACAUUAAACUUUGUGUUUCUCUGCCUUCAUAGAGACAUAGUAAAUUAAACUCUUUGUAUUUUGCAGAUUAGUGUUUUAAGUGUCGAGUAAAAAUAGCCAUUUUUACGUGGUUCAUUUCACUUUGAGCUUUUUGUGAAACAUGCUGAGUAUAAAAACAUAGAUUUUCAUACUAAACAUUUUUAUCUUACAUUUUUCCUGACUUGUUGUGAAAGUUUAAAGUUAGAGCAUAAAGGCUCGCCGUGCAGUCAGACUGUGCCUGUGUGUGUGUGUGUGUUAACAAGCUCUUCUCUUUGGAUAAUCAGACUGGACUGACGCAUGUGAGCUCUUAAUCUCUGCGUGAUGCUUCUUCUAAAGCUUCCUGCAAACAUUUCCAUGCAUGAGCUUGUUUAUGCAUCCCUGCUGCUGUUUUUCGUGCAACAGAGAAAGAUGGUAAAUAUGAAUAAAUUAUAAAUGUCCCAUUUUGUCUGAUCUCUUAAUGCAGAAAUCAAUAAUCAGUAGUGACUGUUUUAUUAUAAAUCUUAAGUACAAUACAGCUGAUGUACAAACAAUACUAAAGAAUGUACCUCCUUACAUGUAAAUGAUACUGAGUGAAAAAUGUCUUUGAUGAACUGCUUAACUUGUCAAUAUCCUGAAUAUUUACUAAGAAAAUGAUCUGAAAAUAUGUUUCAAAAAGCAUUUUCAACAUGUGAUCCCAAAGUACAGUAGAACCUGCAGCACAAGCAAAUACAACGUCAAACAUCCUUUCUCUCACAUCCUGUCUUCUUGUUUAAAUGGUAAUCUAUUGAACCCAGAAAUGCUGAAUUAGCCAUAUAAAAAGGACAUGCAUAAAAACUACAGCUGUAAUAAAGAAUAGCAGUUUUUUUAAAUAAACAUUUUUCAUCCAA